GCACCACACCGCUACCUUCCAUCUCUUUCUCCGCCAUCACAUAAAUUCCACCGGCGCACUCCCUAUCAAAGCGUCUUUCGCACUGCAUCCCCUACUCUCUAGCGAGAAGGAAAGAAAGGAAGAACAAACCUUCUUUCACUUACCCACGGUGCAUACUUCGGUGUCGCGCAUAUCUCUUGUUAACACUCCUCCACCUACCUCCUUCCGACGGUGAACACACAAGCGCAGAGCGCACGCUGAGGAAGAAAGAAAAACACAAUCGACCAAGGGAUACAUCAAUCGGGAGAAAGAAAGAACAUGGGCAUUGUCCGCCUCCACAUCACACCCUUAACUCCGGAGACCAUGCACUCCCUUCUCCCACCGAAAGUCCUCGCCAAUAAAGCGGUUAUCGCGUCCAUGUCUUUUCACACAAUCCCUUCCUUCCCAGAGAAGAGUUAUGGAUACUUGAAUUGUGAGCGGGAGGUUGCGGACGGAAUCAAGAAGAAGUUGAAUGGGAGUUUGUUUCGGGGGGUCAAGGUUAGAGUUGGGGACGCCCGGCCUGACACUUUCGUUCCUGGGGGUGUUCCUGAUGGGGGAGUUGAGGGAAAGAAGGAGAAGAGAAAGCGUGCUAAGGAGGGGGAUGAUGGCGAUGGGAAGAAGAAGGCUAAGAAAAACAAGAAGGAAAAGAGUGUAUUUGAUGGUAUUGAGCUGAGGGAUAGGAAGGUUCAGAGAGGGUGGAGUAGGCCGCCUACAAUCGCUACACCUACGAAAGGAGAUAGCAAGCGGGAUUGUCUUUUUAGGUCUUCUGCUGCUACUCCCACUCCUACCUCCUCUGCUUCGACCACUGUUUCCACCGAGAAGUCCAAGAGGAAAAAGGCGAGCGGCACCAUCAAGGAAUUCACGCACAACACCAAAUUCCCACAAUUUCUUAAGGGAACCCCGCUCGGCAAGGACAUUUCAGCAACCACUGCAACUUUUGACGAAUCCCUCGGCUGGCUCAACUCCUCCGGCACCGUCAUUGAAACAGCCCCUGUCUCUUCCGCCCCUCCAGUAAUCAAACACACCCCGAUAGCCCCACCCGCCGUCAUAACCACCACCCCCCUCCCCCCGUCAACAACGACCUACCGCUCCCACUCUCCUUCAUCUUCCACAUCCGCCCCCUCAGCAACAGACUCAGAGCCAGAGUCAGAAAUCUCCCCCAUAACCCCCAAAACACCCCCUUCAGCCACCCCCAACACUACCGCCAAGCGCUCCAAGGUGCCCACCCCAGCCCUACAGAUCACAAUUCCGCGCAUAGUACACCCCUUGGAAGCCCUCUACAAGCCAACAAUCGCAACGCCCUGCUCCUCUGCCAUCUCCCCGACAAACACCUCCUUCCGCUUCGGUUUCAACCUUGGCAGUAGCGGUGAUGUGAACGAGGAUGAGGACGAGGACAUGCUCAGUAGCGACGAGCAGCCUCCCGUUCACGUGGUUUCCACGCCGCCUAAUAGGUACCGCUCCGCGGCGCCAACACCAGAUACCGCGAUUGGGCACAGGAAGUUCUUCCCUCCCGAUGAAGAUGAGGUUCCGGAUCUUUCCGGCGGUGGGGGAAGGCUGUUCGUCCCGUCGACGCCGAGGGUUAUCGGGUCUAUUUCUAUGGGGAGUGGAGAGACGGAGAGGAGAGGGGGGGGAGUGUGGAGCUUGUGGAGAGAUGGAAAGAGACGUUCUACAAGAACCGAGGGGAGUGGAAUAGGGAUUGGAAGAGAAGGAGGAGAGAGGGGAGGAAGAGGGGAGUUGGGAAAAAGGUUUCCGCUUAGUUCAGCGGCUACUGUUUGUUUGUUUUUUCCUUUUUCCUUUUUUUGUUUGAGACCUUUGUAUAUAUUAUUGUUUGUUCAUGACCUCAUGUGUGGGAUUCAAAAGCGAGUCUCAUGUUACGCUACUUUUACUACUUUCUCCCAAUGCCCUUUUCCCUAUUGUGUGAGCUGGUGA